UAUGAUUUUCUUUCAACUUUUAAAAGUGAGAUAUAAUGAACGUACCAUAAGACUCACCCAUUUAAAAAGCAUAACACAGUGGUUUUUAGUAUAUUCAUAAACUUGUACAAUCAUCACCACUAAUUCCAGAAUAUUUUCAUCACUUCAAUAGGAAAAUGCAUACCUGUUAGCAAUUACUUCCAUUUCCCCUCUCCCCCAGCCCCUAGCAAACCACUAACCUACUUUUUAUCUCUAUAGAUUUCCCUAUCCUCAACUUUCAUUUAAAUGGAAUUAUAUAAUAUGUGGUCUUUUGCUCCUGGCUUAACACGAUAUUUUCGAGAUUCAUCCAUGUUGUAACAUUUUGUUUACCCUUUUAGACAAGAUAAUGUUUAAUACCCUUUCUAACUCUAUGCUCAGAUAGUCAAGUGAAGAGCUACAACCAAAUUUCUUUUUCCUUUCUUCCUUUCUUCUCUCUCUCUCUCUUUCUUUCCUUCUUUUUUGACAGAAUCUUGCUCCGUCGCCCAGGCUGGAGUGGAGUGGCACGAUCCUGGCUCACUGCGACCUCCGCCUCCCCUGUUCAAGCGAUUCUCGUGCCUCAGCCUCCCGAGUAGCUGAGAUUACAGGCAUGUAUAAACAUGCUGGGCUAAUUUUUGUAUUUUUAGUAGAGAAGGGGUUUCACCAUGUUGGUGGCCAGGCUGGUCUCAAACUCCUGACCUCAGAUGAUCCACCAACCUCAGCCUCCCAAAGUGCUGGGAUUGUAGGCGUGAGCCACAGCGCCCUGCCUCAACCAAAUUUCAGAAAGUAUCAUAAUAUCAUUAUGCUUCAUAGUUUCUCUAUGCCCUGAAGUUUACCAAUUUUAUCUUCUACAGAUCCCAGGAAGGCAGCCUGUUAAGACUCACCAAAUUUACUUCCUCAGCCUCCAGAACAAUAAAAUCAAACUCCCUACCUUGAUUUUAAGAUUCUGCUUCCCCCCACCCCACCCCACCCCAAUCUUCUCCUUGGAUAUUCGACAGUCUGGAAUAAUGCAUUUUUAAAGUUCUGAUUGUUUUCAGCAGAUGUGUUGGCUGAGGUUGGAUGGGGUUUCUUCCCACCUAUCUCUCCUCUCUCCUUCCCUCUGCCCAUUGCACGUGCAACAACUUUUCUGUCAUCAAAACGUGCAAAAAAGAAACAAAAAAGAAAGAAAGGAAAGAGAAAGAAAAGAAAAACAGAAAAAAGAAAAGAAAAAGCAGCCGGAAGUCUUCCUUUGUUUUCCAAGGAAAUUCAGGUAAAAGGAGGGGUGGGGAAAUGAUAUUUUUGACUUUGCUCACAAUCCAGACGUAGGAAAGAAAAAGGAUUUCCUUUGGGCUGCUGCCACGACUCUGAUGUUUUAUGCUGAUAAAAUAUUUCCUUCUUAAAAAAAAGUUCUGGGAAAAUCAUGCCACUUCAACUUGGAAGCGAAACCCACCCUAACUUUCGUCUUAAAACGCAGCGAAGUGAAUGGUUUGCUCCUCUUUCACGAGGGUUUUCUUCCUUACAGUUCGGGUCUUGCUACCAGGAGCGAGCUGGGUCCGCAGCGUUCUUCGGUGGCUGGCGCGGGAGGAGGACUACAGGAUCCAGAGAUCUUUGGAAACUCCAGCAGCUCCAAGCUUGUUGGCUACUACGGUUUCCCUGAGGAGUGACGCUACGAAAACAAACCCUGAUUGGUCAGGCCUGAGCUGAGUUCUCCAUUUAUGGACAGAUUGCCCGGCCCGAGCCGAGACUCAGCCAGAGGAGUACGGAUUAAGUGGCCGAAGAAAGAGGAGCGAGGCAGGGGAGCGAGGCGGACGCUCCGAGCGCAUCGGACUCACCUGGGCCGGCGGCGAGCGGCGAGUACGAGUGGACUCUUGCCCUCCGCAGCAUGCGCCCCGCCUGCUAAGUCGCCGCCGUCUCGCCCUCACCUAGCACUGCCGAUCCCGCCUGGAUGGAGUCCCCUCAGGGUUCCCAUUGGCUCCUGUGAGUGCUUGGGUGUCGGGAGCCUGUUUUUGGCGAGGGGAACCAACUUUUGAAGUUCGCCCAGGAGACUGCGUUCCAGCCCCAGCUCCCCGGCAGCGGGACCCGGCGAAGGCGCGACCGCAGCGCGAGUCACCAUGGGAAGCAAAGGUGUCUACCAGUACCACUGGCAAAGCCACAAUGUCAAGCACAGUGGUGUGGACGACAUGGUGCUACUGUCCAAGAUCACAGAGAACUCCAUCGUGGAGAAUCUGAAGAAGAGAUACAUGGAUGACUACAUUUUUACAUAUAUAGGAUCUGUAUUAAUCUCAGUCAACCCUUUCAAGCAGAUGCCAUAUUUUGGGGAAAAGGAAAUUGAAAUGUACCAAGGAGCGGCACAGUAUGAAAACCCACCACAUAUCUAUGCCCUUGCAGAUAAUAUGUACAGAAACAUGAUCAUUGACAGAGAGAACCAGUGCGUCAUCAUCAGUGGUGAAAGUGGUGCUGGAAAAACAGUGGCUGCCAAAUAUAUCAUGAGCUACAUCUCCAGAGUGUCUGGAGGAGGGACCAAAGUCCAGCACGUGAAGGACAUUAUCCUGCAGUCCAACCCGCUGCUGGAGGCCUUCGGGAAUGCCAAGACCGUCCGGAACAACAACUCCAGCCGAUUUGGAAAAUACUUUGAAAUCCAGUUCAGUCCAGGUGGGGAACCAGAUGGUGGAAAGAUCUCCAACUUCCUUCUGGAAAAAUCUAGGGUGGUGAUGAGGAACCCAGGAGAGCGGAGUUUUCACAUAUUUUACCAGCUCAUCGAGGGCGCCUCUGCAGAGCAGAAACACAGCCUUGGCAUCACCAGCAUGGACUAUUAUUACUACCUGAGCCUCUCGGGCUCAUACAAGGUUGAUGACAUUGACGACAGGCGGGAGUUUCAGGAAACUCUGCACGCCAUGAAUGUGAUUGGGAUCUUUGCAGAAGAGCAAACGCUGGUGUUGCAGAUAGUGGCGGGUAUUCUCCACCUGGGAAACAUCAGCUUCAAAGAAGUUGGCAACUACGCGGCUGUGGAGAGUGAAGAGUUUUUAGCUUUUCCUGCGUAUCUGCUAGGGAUAAACCAGGACCGGUUGAAAGAAAAGCUAACAAGCCGGCAGAUGGAUAGCAAGUGGGGAGGCAAAUCCGAAUCCAUCCACGUGACCCUCAACGUAGAGCAGGCCUGUUACACCCGGGAUGCGCUCGCCAAGGCCCUGCACGCCCGGGUCUUUGAUUUCUUGGUAGAUUCGAUCAAUAAAGCCAUGGAGAAAGACCAUGAAGAAUACAACAUUGGCGUCCUAGACAUCUAUGGCUUUGAAAUAUUCCAGAAAAAUGGCUUUGAACAGUUUUGUAUCAAUUUUGUUAAUGAAAAACUGCAGCAGAUUUUUAUUGAACUGACAUUAAAGGCAGAACAGGAAGAAUAUGUUCAAGAGGGAAUAAGAUGGACACCCAUUGAGUACUUUAAUAAUAAAAUCGUAUGUGACCUCAUAGAGAACAAAGUGAACCCUCCUGGCAUCAUGAGCAUCCUGGAUGACGUGUGCGCCACGAUGCAUGCGGUGGGUGAGGGGGCAGAUCAGACGCUGCUCCAGAAACUUCAGAUGCAGAUUGGGAGUCAUGAGCACUUCAACAGUUGGAACCAAGGCUUCAUCAUUCAUCAUUAUGCUGGGAAGGUAUCCUAUGACAUGGAUGGCUUUUGUGAAAGGAACCGGGAUGUGCUUUUUAUGGAUCUCAUCGAGCUUAUGCAGAGCAGUGAGCUGCCUUUCAUAAAGUCUUUAUUUCCGGAAAAUCUGCAGGCUGACAAGAAAGGGCGCCCAACUACUGCCGGAAGCAAAAUAAAGAAACAAGCCAAUGACCUUGUGAGCACCCUGAUGAAAUGUACGCCCCACUACAUUCGCUGCAUCAAGCCAAACGAAACCAAGAAGCCCAGAGACUGGGAGGAAAGCAGGGUAAAGCAUCAAGUCGAAUAUUUGGGUCUGAAAGAGAACAUUCGAGUGAGAAGAGCUGGCUAUGCCUAUCGGCGCAUCUUCCAAAAAUUCCUACAGAGGUAUGCCAUUCUGACCAAAGCCACCUGGCCUUCUUGGCAGGGAGAUGAGAAGCAAGGCGUCCUGCACCUGCUGCAGUCAGUCAACAUGGACAGCGACCAGUUUCAGCUGGGGAGGAGUAAAGUGUUCAUCAAAGCCCCCGAGUCUCUAUUUCUUUUAGAAGAGAUGAGAGAGAGAAAGUAUGAUGGGUAUGCUCGAGUGAUACAGAAAUCAUGGAGGAAAUUCGUGGCCCGGAAGAAAUACGUUCAAAUGAGAGAAGAAGCCUCGGACCUCUUAUUGAACAAGAAGGAGAGAAGGAGAAACAGUAUUAACAGGAACUUUAUAGGGGAUUAUAUUGGGAUGGAAGAGCACCCAGAACUCCAGCAGUUCGUGGGCAAGAGGGAGAAGAUUGAUUUCGCAGACACAGUCACCAAGUAUGACAGGAGGUUCAAGGGUGUAAAGCGAGACCUGCUCCUUACCCCAAAGUGCUUGUACUUAAUCGGACGAGAAAAAGUCAAACAGGGCCCAGACAAGGGCCUGGUGAAAGAAGUCCUGAAGCGGAAAAUCGAGAUAGAACGGAUCUUGUCUGUGUCCCUCAGUACUAUGCAGGAUGACAUUUUUAUUCUCCAUGAGCAAGAGUAUGACAGUUUGCUUGAAUCUGUCUUCAAAACUGAAUUCCUAAGCCUCUUAGCAAAGCGUUACGAGGAGAAGACCCAGAAGCAACUACCUCUGAAAUUCAGCAAUACGCUUGAACUGAAGUUGAAAAAGGAGAACUGGGGCCCCUGGAGUGCGGGGGGCUCCCGGCAAGUGCAGUUCCACCAAGGGUUUGGGGACCUGGCUGUCCUCAAGCCCAGUAACAAAGUGCUGCAGGUCAGCAUCGGACCUGGACUGCCCAAGAACUCCCGUCCUACCAGAAGGAACACUACCCAAAAUACAGGUUAUUCCAGUGGGACUCAAAAUGCCAACUACCCAGUGAGAGCUGCCCCUCCUCCCCCAGGAUACCAUCAGAACGGAGUCAUCAGAAACCAGUUUGUGCCACAUCCCCAUGCUCCUGGAAGCCAGAGGUCCAAUCAGAAAAGCCUGUACACCUCCAUGGCCCGCCCGCCCUUGCCUCGGCAGCAGUCUACCGGUUCAGACCGAGUGUCACAGACGCCAGAGAGCCUGGAUUUCCUCAAGGUCCCGGACCAGGGAGCUGCAGGGGUCAGGAGACAAACAACCAGUCGGCCUCCCCCAGCAGGGGGCAGACCCAAGCCUCAGCCCAAGCCCAAGCCUCAGGUGCCACAGUGCAAGGCUUUGUAUGCCUAUGACGCUCAGGACACAGACGAACUCAGCUUUAAUGCCAAUGACAUUAUUGAUAUUAUCAAAGAAGAUCCUUCUGGCUGGUGGACGGGUCGACUACGAGGCAAGCAGGGCCUGUUCCCCAACAACUAUGUGACCAAGAUCUGAGGUGCCCGUGACUCUGACGCAUGGGGCAGAGGAGCUCCAGGCACAGACCAGGGGAGGGGAUAUUUAGGGGCUCCCCUUACAAUCCACAAUGAGCAAUUGCUUCUCCAAGGCCUGGAGCUAUUCCGGUACCUUCCCCAUGGAGGACACUGAAAAGGCUGGGUUGGGGACAGGGAGUAUCACUCCAUAAGUGAUCCUAAAAGGUAGCCUCUUCAUAGGAACCCAGGAGGACAAAACCACCAUGCAUUAAGAUUUAUUUAUUGUAUUUAAACCUGGUGAGAGGACAAGUGAGGUCUGCUCAGACCUUGUAGGCUUCUAUCAAAACAGCACCCUGCUUGCUCACCAGGCCUAGGGAAUGGCUGUAGGCGGCCGCUGACAAGUGCCUUUAGUUGAAGAGCACAUUUCUUUCAUCUCUCUUGUCCAUACCUGAUAGACACAUUCCUCUCUGCCACCUUCCUUCAGGGAGGACCCGCCCUCUGCAGACUGGGCUUAGCGUGAGCAGGCACUUCCCAUGUACAUGCCAAGGGUAAGCUGGCCUGCUGAGCCCAGGGGGACAGAGGGGCACUGGUUUACACUUUGCCGGGACCAUCAGGGCCACCAAGCAGGUCAGGGGCUGGGGGCUGGGGGCUGGGGGCUGGGCUGCCGGCUUUGCUUUCUCUGGGUCUUCAAUUGGAAUGUGGCUGGCCCAUAUUGGUUUGUGUUUAAAUGCUGUACUUACUACAAGAAGGAUCUUUUUUUCAAGCUGUACAUUUAUAAAAACAGAUCAUAUACUGUAUAUAUAAAAAUCUUGAGAUGGUAGAAAACAUGUAUGAAUGUACUAAGUAGUAUUCCACUGUACUCAUUCAUAAGAGUAGGUUUUCUUACAAAACUCACACCAGGUACUUACAGAUGUGCCCUGCUUUUUUCCAACUACGGAGUGUCACUGCUUUCUAGCUCAGUCCCUGCAGACUCUUCUCAACUCUUUCCCUAUAGGAAACUUACUCCGCGUCCUGCCCCCACCUCCUAAAUAAAUAAAGGAAUCGGCGAACA